GAUGACAAAUACGGUAGGAGUGGUCUAAUUUCUGACAAGUAUCAACGUUACACGUCCAUGCUUAAAUCUGAAAUGGUGCGGUCGGGUAAAUAAAUAGUGCAAUGCGUCGUAGUUCACAUGAAUUGUAUUUGUUCCUCUAUAGUGUUAUGAUAUCGAUAUUUUCACCAUCAAUAUAUUAGUUGUGUUAGCUAUACAACAGCCAGUAUGUUGACCGGAUGCCUGAGAAAAGGAAGUAAAUCUACCAGGCUGAAGAUGGCACUCAUGCUUUUAGUACUGAGUUGUCAAUUCGUCCAUGUUCUCAGCGAAAAAUCUUCCUCUGCGUUGACUGUUGUGGAGAGCACUGAGACCAGCCUGGAUGAUGAGGAUACGCACCACAUGGAGGAAGAGAGCGAUCCUGAGGAUUUGGAUGUGUUCCGUCCCACGGACCAGUGGCAGUCUCUCAAACCAGGCCAGGCAGUCCCAAGGGGCUCUCACGUAAGGCUCAACCUCCAGACAAGACAGAGGGAGGUCAAACUUGGGGAACAUCAGAUUCUCAAAUACCAGAUCGAUGGACAAAGACAGGGGAAGGAGAACACACCAGGCCCAUCCUUCAAUGCUGAGGAGCUGAAGAAGGCUCUGAAAAAUAUAAAAGAAGGAGUUGAUCCCGAAACUAGUGACAAAGAAAAAGAAGAGGAGGAGGCUCUCAGAGCCCAGUUUCGUCCCAUGGAGGAGCUGAAAAGAGACAUGGCCAAACUGGACAUGCUGAUGGAGUCAGACUUCCAGGUUAUUAGCAGACUGAUGUCCCAAUUCAACAGCUCAAACACCACUGUGGAGGAGAAGAUAAAAGCUUUACAUGACCUAGAGUACCUUGUUCAUCAGGUGGACAAUGCCCAGAACUUGGCAUCUAGGGGAGGAUUGAAGCUUGUGGUUGAUGCUUUGAACAGCACAGACUAUCGCCUUCAGGAGAGUGCUGCUUUUGUCUUGGGGUCAGCUCUGUCAAGUAACCCGGUGGUGCAGGUGGAGGCAGUUGAAAGUGGUACUCUGCAGAAGCUGUUAAUGUUACUCGCCACUCCACGACCCAUGUCUGUUAAAAAGAAGGCGUUGUUUGCUGUGGCCUCUUUGCUACGUCACUUCCCCUUUGCCCAAAGCCAUUUCCUGAAGCUGGGUGGGCUGCAGGUGUUGGGGGAUCUUUUCCGAGCUUCCGAAGGUGGGGCCCUCCGUGUGAGGAUUGUAACCAUACUCUAUGACAUGAUCAAUGAGAAGGAGCUGAUUUCUCAGACUGGACUUGACCCCAUUCCAGAUGCUUCUCACAACGAGCGGUUGCUGCAGUACGCACAGGUCUCCCUCAUGCCACUGUUGGCAGAGCAGGGCUGGUGCAGCCUGGUGCCUGAACUGUUGGCCUCCCCAGAGCACGACUGGAAGGAGAAGGCCCUGAGAACUAUCCUGGCCAUGAUGCCCCACUGCCAGACUCAGUAUCGGCAGGACUACACCCUGUCUUCCUCCCUCCACACCCUACAGGAGCAGUACCAGGAACUGGUGCUCUCAGAGCAGGUCCUCGGAGACGAGGAUGGGUACUUUGGGGAGAUCCUGGCUCUGUUGGAGACAGUGUUGCUGAAACUGAAGUGAGCAUAGGGCUGGGUGGAGAAACCCCAUCAAAGGACAAUAAAAACAAGUCUGCA